GAUGUAACAAUCUCUCCGCGCAUGUUCACAGUCUCCGGGUGGACGGUGUUAUCCUCUCCGCUCAGAGCUGAAGUUGGUCGGCUGUGUGAUCGGGAAAGAUUUUCGUCUCUUCCGUCGGGAUCACUGUCUGGGGGCCGAAGAUAUCACUUUCCCAUCGUUAGACCUGCAGUGAGAGAUUUAUUGGAAGAAAACCCAGGACUGAAGACGAGGGAACAGCAACAAGUGAACCAGCCCGAGGACUGAGAGAAUCAACUGGAGAGAACCCAUCUGACUCGGAGAUUCCACUGAUUCAGUCAGGAGAAAGUUUGGUUAAAAACAAGAAGGAAUUUGUCUCCAGGAAGCUCAAACAUGGCACACCAGUUUUGUUGUCUCUGUCCUGAUAUUUAAGAAGUGGAGCAAGGGAUUCAAUUGACCAUCCUUCCUGCUCAAGCUGUGGGGAGGGAUUCACUUGGUCAUUUGACCAACUGGCAACCCAUCAUUUUACACAGGAGAAAGGCUGUUCACCUGUUCAGACAGUGGGAAUGGAUUCAGUCGGUUAUCACAAUUCAAGGUACAUCAGUAAGUUCACACUGGGCAAGGCCAUUCACCUGUUCUGUGUGUGAGAAGGCGUUCAGUCGGUCAUCCCACCUGUGGACACACCAGUCAGUUCACUCUGGGCAGAGGCUGGUCAUCUGCUGAAAUUCUGGGAAAGGAUUCACUCAGUCAUCUGACCUAAUGGCACACCAGCGUGUUCAUAUUGGGGAGAAGCCAUUCACCUGCUCAGAAUGUGGGAAGAGAUUCACUUAUUCAUCCACCCUGCAGAGUCAUCAGCGAGUUCACACUGCGGAGAAGCCGUACACCUGCUCAGACUGUGGGAAGAGAUUCACUUAUUCAUCCACCCUACAGAGUCAUCAGCAAGUUCACACUGGGGCGAAGCCGUUCACCUGCUCAGUCUGUGGGAAGGGAUUCACUCAGUCAACCCACUUACUGAGACACCUGCGAGUUCACACUGGGGAGAAGCCGUUUACCUGCUUAGAAUGUGGGAAAAGAUGCUCUGAUACAUCCGCCCUACAGAAGCAUCAGCAAUUUCACACUGGGGAGAAACCGUUCACCUGCUCAGAAUGUGGGAAGAGAUUCACUCAGUCAACCAAUCUACAGAGACAUCAUCGAGUUCACACUGGGGAGAAGCCUUUCACAUGCUCAGUCUGUGGGAAGAGCUUCACUGAUCUAUCCACCCUACUGAGGCAUCAGCGAGUUCACACUGGAGAGAGGCCAUUCACCUGCUCAGUCUGUGGGAAGAGAUUCACUCAGUCAUCCCACCUACUGGCACACCAGCAAGUUCACAUUGGGGAGAAGCCAUUCACCUGCUCAGUCUGUGGGAAGGGAUUCACUCAGUCAUCCAAUCUACAGAGACAUCAUCGAGUUCAUACUGGGGAGAAGCCGUUCAUCUGCACAGUCUGUGGGAAGAGAUUCACUGAUCCAUCCACCCUACUGAGUCAUCAGCGAGUUCACACUGGGGAGAAACCGUUCACCUGCUCAGAAUGUGGGAAGAGAUUCACUCAGCCAUCCAAUCUACAGAGACAUCAUUCGAGUUCACACUGGGGAGAAGCCUUUCACAUGCUCAGUCUGUGGGAAGAGCUUCACUGAUCUAUCCACCCUACUGAGGCAUCAGCGAGUUCACACUGGAGAGAGGCCAUUCACCUGCUCAGUCUGUGGGAAGAGAUUCACUCAGUCAUCCCACCUACUGGCACACAAGCAAGUUCAC